GCAACACCAGAUCCUUAACCCACUUAGCGCGGCCAGGGAUGGAACCCGCAUCCUCAUGGAUACUAGUGAGGUUCUUAACCCACUGAGCCACAAUGGGAACUCCUAGUCUAAGCAUUUUUACAUUCAACACUUCUGAGUUUUUCAGAUAAGGCACAGAUGGGCUAACUGUCCAAGGUCCCUUAAGUGUUCAGGGGAACUGGGAUUUGAACCCAGACCGUGUGGCCAAGGGGAAGCCCAGGGAGAGGUGAUGAAUAGCCGAGGGUCACGCAGCCACAGCCUCAGAUCAAGGAAGGGCUGGCUCCCUUCCAGCCCAGGAAAAGCCAUGACACCUGACUCCUAACAAGUUGGGGGUGGAGUGGGGGUGGAGUAGAGGUGGAGCUAGGGAGACCCAGGUGGCCUCUCUGAGAACCAGAGCACCAGAGGCAGCAGAGUGGCCUUGGGCAGCAUGAAGCAGAGCUGGGGACCGGGGCUGCUCAUCCUGGGAGCAGUGGUCCUCAUAGAGGGUCUUCAAGCAGCUCAGCGGGUGUGUGGGCAGCGUGGCCCCGGGCCCCCCGAGCCUCAGGAGGGCAACACGGUGCCUGGCGAGUGGCCGUGGCAGGCCAGUGUGAGGAGGCAGGGGCUCCACCUCUGCAGCGGAUCCCUGGUGGCAGACACCUGGGUCCUCACUGCAGCCCACUGCUUUGAACGGGAGGCAAUGACGGACUUGAACUCCUGGUCAGUUGUCCUGGGUUCCCUGCAGCAUGAAGGACUCAGCACAGGGGCUGAGGAGGUGGGGGUGACAGCUCUGCAGCUGCCCAGGGCCUACAACCACUACAGCCAGGGCGCAGACCUGGCCCUGCUCCAGCUCGCCCACCCGGUGGCCCACACACCCCUCUGCUUGCCCCAACCUGGCCAUCGCUUCCCCUUUGGGACCUCCUGCUGGGCCACUGGCUGGGAUCAGGACCCCAAGGAUGCUCCCAGGACCCUAAGGAAUCUGCGCCUGCGCCUAAUCAGCCGCCCCACGUGUAACUGUCUCUACGACCGCCUGCACCAGCGGCUGCUGGCCAGCCCGGCCCGGCCCGGGAUGCUGUGUGGGGGUCCCCAGCCUGGGGUGCAGGGGCCCUGUCAGGGAGAUUCUGGGGGCCCAGUGCUGUGCCGUGAAGCUGACGGACACUGGGUUCAAGCUGGGAUCAUCAGUUUCGCAUCAAGCUGCGCCCAGGAAGACACUCCCGUACUGCUGACCGACAUGGCUGCUCACAGCUCCUGGCUGCAGGCUCGCGCUCAGGGGGCAGCCUUCCUGGCCCAGAACCCCGAGGCCCCGGAGAUGAGCGAUGAGGACAGCUGUGUAGCCUGUGGAUCCUUGAAGAGAGGAAGCCCUCAGGCAGGAGCUCCCUCCCCAUGGCCCUGGGACGCCAGGCUGAAGCACCAAGGGAAGCUGGCCUGUGGCGGAGCCCUGGUCUCAGAGGAGGUGGUGCUGACUGCUGCACACUGCUUCAUCGGGCGCCAGGCCCCAGAGGAAUGGACUGUAGGCCUGGGGGCCAGAUCGGAGGAGCGGGGCCUGAGGCAAGUCAUCCUGCAUGGGGCCUAUACCCACCCGGAGGGGGGCUACGACGUGGCCCUCCUGCUGCUGGCCCAGCCCGUGACACUGGGCCCCAGCCUGCGGCCCCUCUGCCUGCCCUACGCUGACCACCGCCUGCCUGAUGGGGAACACGGCUGGGUCCUGGGGCUGGCCCGCAAGGGAGCAGACACUGGCUCCCCUCAGACAGUGCCUGUGACCCUCCUGGGGCCCAGGGCCUGCAGCCGCCUGCACGCCACCUUCGGGGGUGACAGCGUCCCUAUUCUGCCUGGGAUGGUGUGUACCAGUGUUGUGGGCAAGCCACCCGGCUGUGAGGGCCUGUCGGGGGCACCGCUGGUACACGAGGUGAGGGACAGGUGGUUCCUGGCUGGGCUGCACAGCUUCGGAGACGCCUGUCAAGGCCCCACGAGUCCCGCCGCCGUCUUUGCGGCGCUCCCCACCUAUGAGAACUGGGUCAGCAGUCUGGACUGGCAGGUCUACUUCGCAGAGGAGCCGGAGCCUGAGGCCGAGCCCGGAAGCUGCCCUGCUAACAUGAGCCAACCAGCCGGCUGUUGACAGGUGGCCCUGGGAGGCCGCGGUUCCCACGCCACUGCCCCUGCUCCCCUCCCAUCCCUUCCUCAACUCCGACUGGCGACAGCGCAGUGGGCUCUGGGAAGGAGCCUGCCCCCGCCCCCGCGCCCCGCAAGACCGGGAGGCGUGGCCUGUGGCUGCUCCCCCACACCCAGCUCUGUGGCCCCGACGCAUGCGUCCUCAGCUUUCCCUCGUCUUCAUCCCUUCCGAUAUGAUCACACCAGGCCGCGUACUUUGAAAAUUUCAUUUUUUUGCAGGGAGCAAUUUUCCUGUGUUUUUUUUUUUUUUUUUAACUUAAAUAAAUUGUUACAAAAUAGACUUUAGAAAAUAAGUUACAAAUUGUAGUAAAAGGCUCCCCUUCCACAG